AUGUCGCUACAAGAACAACCUGCUUUUGUCGUAUUGGACACCAAUCAAGGCACGAUAACUAUCGAGUUGUAUUGGAAACAUGCCCCUAAAACAUGUCUUAAUUUCGCUGAGUUAGCAAGACGUGGUUAUUACAAUGGUGUUGUAUUUCACCGUGUUAUCCGGGACUUCAUGAUCCAAGGUGGUGAUCCGACUGGUACUGGACGUGGUGGUGCUUCAAUAUACGGUGCCUAUUUUGAAGAUGAGAUUCACCCGGAUCUCAAGCAUACAGGUGCUGGGGUUGUCUCCAUGGCGAAUGCUGGCCCGAAUACUAAUGGCAGCCAGUUUUUCAUCACAUUGGCUCCUACACAGUGGUUAGAUGGGAAGCACACUAUAUUUGGCCGUGUUGCUUCUGGUAUGAAAGUUGUUCAACGUUUAGGUAAUGACAUGUUAUCAGGCUAA